AGCCGCUGGCUGCUUGACCUUAAUACUAACAUGCAGUCAUAUUUCGUAUUCGUCAUUAAUUAACAAUAAUCGGGUAUUAAAAUGACCCAUUGUGAUUUAGUAUUUCUCAUUACGUGUUAGUAAGCGCGGGUUGCAACACGUUUGGCUAGUUCUGUUUAUUUUUAAAAUGCAUUAUAAGUUUUACUUGUUUUUUGCUUUGUCCGUUAUAUGCAUGUAUAACGUGAACGCGAUGCCGAGGGAUAGUAGCGCGUUUAAAAUCGAUUCUGUGUCUGGAAUACCGGAAACAAAUGUCUUAAAAGACAAAGAUCCGACUAAGGAAAGUGUAGUCACUAUACCAGGCCAAGUUCUAUGCAAAUAUGAUAAAGGAUCCGAAGAACCAUUAGAGGACGUGGUCUGCCAGGAACAUUGCUUACCCAAAGGUUACUCAUACGGGAUUUGUGUUGGUGGCAAAUGUAGUUGUAUUUAGAAAUAUAUAGAAAAAUUCUGUAUAGUUAUAUAAUUUUGUUAUAACAAUUAAAACAACUCCUUUUUUAAAAUUAUUUUAAGACAAAUAAUUGUAUGAAUACCUUUUAUGCAU